AUGGCGACGGCGAAUAAGGAUCAGAAGGCUAAGCCCAGUGCCCUCCGCUCCAUUCUUGCGGGGUCCACCGCCGGAGCCGUGGAGAUCGUCGCCAAGACCCGGACACAGCUCAAUCGCCAACUUACCCAGGGCCAAAAGCUACCAUGGCCACCCUUCGGGAGCCAGUGGUACGCAGGAUGUACAACACUGAUUAUUGGAAACUCUCUUAAAGCCGGAAUUCGCUUCGUUGCAUUCGAUGCUAUCAAAUCGGUUCUCCAGGAUGAGAACGGCAAGAUCUCGGGACCAAGGACGGUUGUUGCUGGAUUCGGUGCUGGAUUCACCGAAUCGCUUUUCGCUGUUACUCCCUUUGAGAGCAUCAAGACCCAACUGAUCGACGACCGCAAGUCCGCCAACCCUCGCAUGCGGGGCUUCUUGCAUGGUAGCAAGCUUAUUUUCCAGGAGAGAGGCGUCAAAGGCUUCUUCCAGGGCUUUGUUCCUACUACAGCGAGACAGGCUGCUAACUCAGCAACCCGAUUUACAGCUUAUACAACACUAAAGCAGCUUGCAGAGGGCUACACAGCACCGGGAGAGAAGCUGGGUACUGUCAGCACUUUCGGCAUUGGAGGAGUGGCAGGUUUAAUCACUGUAAUGCAAUCGCUCGAGGCCAGCAAGCACUACAAGAACAGUCUUGUCUGCGCAACCAGGAUCGUCAAGGAUGAAGGUGUAUUCACUUUGUGGUCUGGCGCUAUGCCACGUCUCGCCAGACUGAUCAUGAGUGGAGGAAUUGUGUUUACAAUGUAUGAAAAGGCUAUGGAUGCUCUAGAUCUCAUGGAUCCAGAGCGGAAGUAUUUAUAG